GCUAAAUAUCAUGUAGUUGUAGCUCCCCAUUGUUGUCGUUAACGUUAGAAUGCAUGGCCUUCUUGUCCUUCCCACGAUAUUGUUGAAUGGUCAACGUUCCAAUACCCUCUUGCAGGCCAUGUUGUUAUUGGUUGCCUAAUUCGAGAUCAUACAGGAUGCUGCUAGGCAAAGCUCACUCUUAAUUUGGGGAUGUGCUCCAUCACCGAGGUUGAGUGGAGGGGUGAUUUAGAGGGCCUUCAGCAUUGGCGGAUUCAGCACAUAGUAGAACACUGAGCCUCAUUUAUAUAGAAAAUUAGAUACCAACUAGCACUGGGUCGAAAAAGACGUUGAGAGCUAGUGAAACAAACAUGUGUCGUUUGUUAUACUAGCAUGGACCCAAAUAAGGGUUGGGUCGUGGUCCGAGUUGGCCUCCCCCUAGAUCCCCUACUGACCUUCAGUUGGCUUGACAUGUUAUACAUAAGCGAAUCAAAGUACAACUUGAUUCUCGCUGCUUCAAAGUUGAUACAAGAACGACUAUUUGAGUAUCAGCAUGUGACAGUCAUCCUCCACUUCAGAGGGCUUAAUCAUGGCAUGAGAUUGGGAUAUAGAAAUCUCUAGUGAUUAUAGAGAGGGUAACAAGAGUAGUCGUUAUUUGGCUAGUUUGGGGCACAACUUGUCUUUGGGGUUGCAUUGUAUUUCGACGUUUUAUCAUCUCUCAUGGUUUUUAAUGUAAAUUAGGGUAUGAGUUACAUCCAUUUAUAUAUGAAAAAUCAGUUGAUUUAUAUUUUUCUUUAUUUAUGACAGGUUCUAUGAAAUCAUAAUUGAAUUCUAUCGUAUUUGAUUCAAAUGUCAAUUUGAUCAUUCAUAAUAAUGAUGAGUUGCACGAAAACAAAUUUGAUAAUUAAGGAGGGUUAUCUUAGUCAAAUGAGUAACCUCAUUAUGUUUGUUGGUUUGCACCCUAAUAAAUGAGUGGAGGAGUAUAUUGUGAUGUUGAUUUGCUAAAUUUGAUGCAGAUCUGACUAUUUAGUUAGAGCUCAAUCAGUACAACAAAGAUAAUCUAACAAAAAUUAAUAUUAGGGACUUGAUUGCAAAUUGUAAGAAGAUGUGGGAACUACCACAAAGAAAAGGAUAACUGGAUAAGGAAUUUCAACGGAAAUUUUCCCAUAAAGGAAAACCGUUACUCACGUUUACAAAGUCCAGGGAGCUGUUCGUAAUUUUACUUUCCUUUUCCUCCCGGUGGUGACCAACUACUCAAGUCAAGUCAUCACUCAAUACUUCACCAGUCGUCGCGUCGUCCGGCAGCCGAAAGAGGGAAAGAAUAUGUCAACCACAACGCGGCUGAUCUCCGGCGCUCUCAUCUGGAUCAUUGUUCUCUUCGGAACCCUAGCUUUCAUCCAGCAUCGAUUAAGCGAUCCUGGAAUUUCAUUGGAGUCCAACAAAGCCGGAGAGGAGAAGAAAUUGGCAGAGGGUUUGGAAGAAGAAGUGACUCACAAAGUAUACUUCGAUGUUGAAAUCGGCGGAGAAGCUGUGGGCCGCAUUGUGAUGGGUUUAUUUGGGAAGACAGUCCCAAAGACUGCAGAGAACUUUCGAGCACUAUGCACCGGGGAGAAAGAGAAAGGAAUGAGUGGGAAGCCUCUGAACUACAAAGGGAGCACAUUCCAUAGGAUCAUACCUCAGUUCAUGAUCCAAGGAGGGGAUUUCACGAGUGGUGAUGGACGUGGUGGAGAAUCAAUCUACGGUGGGAAGUUUGAGGAUGAGAACUUCAAGCUGAAGCACACCGGGCCAGGAAUGAUGUCGAUGGCGAAUUCUGGGCCGGAUACGAAUGGAUCCCAGUUCUUCAUCACAACAGUUGUAACCAGCUGGUUGGAUGGGCAUCAUGUGGUGUUUGGGAAGGUGCUUUCUGGGAUGGACAUUGUGCAGAAGAUCGAAGGCCAAGGCCAAAGCGACGGUGUCCCCAAGAGCAAAGUCGUCAUUGUAGACAGCGGCGAAAUGCCCAUGUAAGUGUAAAACUGAAACAAGUCUUUCUCCUGUUUUUGCCCCUUCCCUUUCCACACUCAGAAGAAAAGGUGCUUUCCUAUUCUGUACACACCUGGUGUAACUGUAACUUGAUCUUUCUAUACGCCCCUAGCAUGGAACAUUAUACUACUCUGCCACCUUCUGUCUCAAUUCUGCUAUCCUCCUCAUGCAGAUAAGCAUAACGAAAUCGUUAAAUUUUUCAAUCGAGAGUCGAAUGGUUGUGCGCUAGGGAUGGCAAAUUACCCACCCAUGGGUAAUUAUACCCAAACCCAAGUAGACCCAUUGAUAAUGGGUUGGGUAUGGGUGAAGUGCAUAUGGAUUUGGGGGUUUAUAGAUGGGUUUGGGUUUGAGGCUUCCAUAAUCUAAAUGGGUAUGUGUUGGAUAUGGAUAUCCAUUUACUUGAGGGUGUUUUAACUACACAUGCAAAAAUUGGACCUAUUUGCAAAACUUAAAAAGUUUAGGUACCAAAAUGUAAGACCAAAAAAAUUUAGGUACCAAAACGUAAUUUUCAAUUGAUAUUUUGAGGACUUAUAUGCAAAAAAAUUUAAAUUUAGGUACUAAAUAUGCAUGUCUAUUAAGUUUGGGUACCAAACUGUAAUUUGUAUUUGGGCAUGGGUACAAACCCAAAUCCAUUUGAUAUAAACCCAACUCAACCCAAAGUAAAUGGGUAUGAGUACA